CGACAGUGCGGCCAAGGACAUUUACCGCCUUAUCUCGCUUCGGCCUGACCACGGCAAAGGUCGGUCAGACACGCACCCCGCUCCACAGAUCCGGAGAUGCGUUGUUCCUCCCGCAAGGAACAGAGCUACUCGGGGCUGUAUGCAAUGGCGAUGCGGUUCAGGUAUACCUAGGCAACCUUGCUUGCCCCGUACCUGUGGGGGCAUCCUCCACUUCCCUGCAUCGUAUCUGACCCAUGCCGGCCUCGCCCCACACCGAGAUAGCUCCCAGAUACAGAUACCGAUACCGCUUGACCGAUUCCACCCAGUGAGCUGUAUAAGACCACCUCCGUCGAGGCACUCAUACAUCUCCCCCACCUCCGCAAGCAAACACCCUAGCCCACUCCUUUUCCCCACCCUACCCUGCCCCCCCAGUACCCAAGAUGAGCCGCACUGCGUCCUUCAACUCAAAGACAGAAGACAUGGGUCCAUCCAACGGCAAGGGCGAGGUCACCGUCGCAUCUCUCUCCAAUGAGGAAGGCGCCGUGCAAUCCACUCAGCCUCGAGGCUGGAAGGGCUUCUACCGCUCAACACUCUUCCAGGUCCUCGUCGUCUCUGCCCUCGCCUUCUGUGGACCAGCCAUGUCCGACGCUGUCCAGAACCUGGGUGGAGGAGGUAAUGCUACUCCUUGGGCUGCCAACGCUGCUACCGCCGCCUCGUACGUGGCAGUCUUUGCUGUCUCUCUUUUCGGUGGUCCCCUCGCGAGCCGCCUUGGUGUCCGGACUCUUCUCAUCUUCGGUGCAGCUACCUUUUCCAUCAAUGGCUCCUCGUACUACGUCAACUUGAAGUACAAGGUGCAGUGGUGGUUCGUCCUGGGCAGGACCAUCUACGGUCUUGGAUUCGGUGCUUGGUACGUCGCCGAGGCUGCCAUCAUCUUGAGUUAUCCUGAGGAGCAGAAGAGAGGACUAUACCUGGCCAUCUGGGUCAUGUCUCGCAAUCUGGGCCAGCUCGUCGGAGGAUCCAUCAACCUCUCUCGCAACAUCCACAAUGCCAAGGCUGGCAGUGUCAGUCUCUCGACGUACCUCAUCUUCCUCAUCAUCGAGUGCUUGGGUUUCCCCAUUUCUUUCCUCAUCUCCCCCGCCAACAGGGUCAGGAAGACGAACGGAGCUGGAGUCAAGCUCGCGCCAAAGCUGUCGUGGGCCGAGGAAUUCAAGCUCCUGGGUCAGGCCAUGAUGAUGAAGAGAAACCUACUGCUAGGCGUCUACUUCUUUUACUCGUACUUCUACGGUGGUGUGCUGGGCACCUACCUUUCCACUCACUUUUCUGUCCGAGCUCGAAGCUUGUCCACCCUCUUGGUCCCUCUGGGCGUCAUCGUCGUCGUCUUCCUCCUCGGUCAGUUGCUGGACAUGCAGCGCAUCAACCAGCGCAGGAGGGCGCAGAUCGGCUUGGCGGUUGUGAUGCUUCCCACCCUCGCCGCCUUCAUCUGGAUCACCAUCAACCAGUCCAUCUACAGCAAGCACCCCACUGGCUCACUCGACUGGACCUCUUCAGGAUGGGCCAAUGCUUACCUUCCCUACUACAUCCUUCAGCUCACCGGCUACAUGUGUCAGACCUACAUCUACUGGCUCAUCUCCUGCUGGUCUUCAGACGUCACAGCCAAUGCUCGUCAGGGAGGUCUCUUCCGAGCAGUCGAAGCCGCAGGUCAGGCCGUCUCCUACGGUCUGAACUCAAAGGUCAAGAAUCUCUCCAUCACUCUCGGAAUCAACUUUGGGCUCUGUGUACUCGCACUUCCUGGCGUUCUCAUGGUGGCCAUGUCCGUUCCUCUCUACAGAUCCGACGCCCAACAGGUCGCUGAUGGCCAGGUAGAGGGUACGGAAUUGGAGCGAGAGGACGGUGACAAGUGAAGAGGUGGUGGUGCCCAAGAAGCGUCUCUGUUCUGUUGCGUUGCAUCUCUCUGUGUACUAGUCCUUGUAUGUUAUAGUGUUCAUUGUCCUGAAAUUGUUGAAAGUUAUAAUGUUCGUCAUCUCUAC